CACACGGCCCCAUGGCACGGCACCAAGGAGAGACUCACCGCCAACACUGAGUUCCUUCGGGGCCGCCCGGGGCCCUCUGCGAGCCGGCGGCCCCCCAUCGCUGAGCUGCCACCCCACUGAGCCUGUGCGACCCACGCAGUCCCUGGAUGACCUGGCCCGGGUGACACUGGAGCCCCAGCCAGCGCGUGGCCCUGCUGAGGGGCUGCACGAGGACCCCUCUGGUCACCCUCAGCUGCUCGGCAACAGCCGCUCCGAAACGCUCUACACCACCAGCAAGGAGAUGGCAAGGAGGUGGCUGGGGUCCAGCCACACGGCUCAGGUGCACAAGGAGCCAGAGAAGCCGCCCACCCCUGUAUACCUCAAUAUCCAGGAGCUGCAAGAGGAAGCAGCAGCCGCCAGCUCAGCCUCGCAAGGCCAGGAGGAGCCCCACAGCUCCCUGGCGGACUGGGAAACCCACACUGACACGGACAGUGGACACUUGUUUUAUUACAACCCAGUCACCGGUGAGACCACGUGGGAUUGCCCCUUUGAGCAGGCAGAAGAUGGAGUGAGUCCCGCCGCCUCUCCCGCCUCCUCUCUCGCCCACAGCCCUGAGUUAGCCGAAUGGGGCCAGUACAUGGAUGAAGCCAGCGGACAGGCUUUUUUCUAUAAUUCAGUAACAGGUGAGACGUCGUGGGACCCCCCCUAUACGGGAGACGAAGCCAGCUCCCAGGACAUGUACCCAGGGGCUGUGCAGUACAGUCCCAUGGAGCAGCGGCCGCCUACUCCGGAGACAGACUAUCCUGACCUGUCUCCCGAUGAGCUGGAGGGUUAUCCCGAGGAGGACUACUUGCCUGUGGGCUCCUACGAGCAUGGUGCCUCGCCAUAUCUGCCCCAGAGGCGCUCUGAGGAGCUGGGCUCACCACCGGCCUGGUAUGGGCUGAGCCACCUCGAGGGAGCUGUCUUCUGCCCUGAGCACUACACCGCAGACACGGUGCUGGUGCCCGGCCACCACAAAAGGGCCAGCAGCGGCUCCAGCCAGGACAGCGGACUCUUUGCCGCCUGGCACAACAGCGUGCCGCCAGCAGUGCCGGAGCACAAGGAAGAGAAGUUCAAAAGCCUCGAGAAGGCCGGCGUGCUCAACCGAACCAAAACAGUGGACAGAGGGAAGCGGUUACGGAAAAACUGGAGCUCCUCCUGGACUGUCCUGGAAGGGGGAAUCCUGACCUUCUUCAAGGACUCAAAGCACUCGUCCGCUGGUGCCUUGAGACACCCUGCCACCCUGACCACACCGGAGCACACAGUGGAGCUGCGAGGGGCCACCGUCGCCUGGGCUAGCAAGGACAAAUCCAGCAAGAAAAAUGUCCUGGAGCUGAAGACACGGGAGGGUUCGGAGUUCCUCAUCCAGCAUGACUCAGAGCAGAUCAUCGUCACGUGGCAGAAGGCCAUCGUGGACAGCAUCGGCCGGCUGGGUAUAGACUUUCCUCCGGAAGAGGAGGUGGAAAACAGGGCUGAAUUUGGAUCCAAGGAGAAACUGGGAGCCGGCGAGGAGAAGAGGACUGCAGCAUCUGGGCAGGCAACGCACAGUGCCAGCAGUGAAAGCGACUCCAGCAAAGUGCGCAACAAGCUGCGCAAGUUCCUACAGAGACGGCCCACGCUGCAGUCGCUGAGGGAGCGGGGCUACAUCAAAGAUCAGGUGUUCGGCUGCUCCUUGCAAGUGCUAUGUGAGCGGGAGCGGGGCACGGUGCCCCGCUUUGUCCAGCAAUGCAUCCAGACAGUGGAGAGGAGAGGUUUGGACAUAGACGGACUGUACCGAGUCAGCGGCAACCUGGCAACGAUCCAGAAACUGCGCUACAAAGUGGACCACGAGAUGCAGGAGCCAACGCGGCGGGGACAGUGCAUCCGUGACCUGGUGUAUUCCCUCCCGCCCGCCAACCAUGACACCAUGAAAGUCCUCUUCCAGCACCUCUGCAGGGUGAUCGAGCACAAGGAGGAGAACCGGAUGUCAGUGCAGAGCAUUGCUAUUGUGUUUGGUCCCACACUGCUGCGACCAGCAAGCGAGGAGGGCAACAUGGCCAUGCACAUGGUCUUCCAGAAUCAGAUAGUGGAGCACAUCUUGAACCAAUACAGCUACAUCUUCCGGGACAGUUAAGCCCGGCAGCACAGAGACACAUGGGACAAGCACAGUGGCAGGGACAUGAAGGAGCAGAAUCGCAAGGGAAGGACUCUCAAUGCCUCGUUGCAUAAUGCUAGCCUGUUCUUGGACUAUGGACCAUAGUGACAGAGAUCAUUGGCUCAAUAAAUGGGCAGU